AGAAAUAAAACCCUCAGGCAGCAAAAACCUCUCGUUACACAACGGAGAAACCCAAAGGGUCGGCGUUGCAGUCUUGUCUCUCUCUCUCUCUGUCUUUCACUCUUUGACCAUGGCUUUCUGGGGAGUUGAAGUGAAACCAUCAAAAACUUUCACUCUUAAGGCUAAUGAAGCAACAGGAAUCAGAAGACUUCACCUUUCCCAGGCGACACUGGGGCAUGGUAAUGGAACAAACAGAAGCAUUCUUCAGUGUAUCGUUGGGAACAAAAGUCCCCUCUUCUUAUGCGUCUUGACUCCUGACAAGGUUGAUUCUUGCCAACUGAAUCUGGAGUUUGAAGAAGCUGAUGAAGUCAUCUUCUCUGUCAUCGGACCUCGGAGUGUUCACAUCACUGGCUACUUCCUCGGCAGGAGUACCAGUUUUAGGUCAAAUGAUGAUGAAUCGGAGUCAUAUGGAGAAGACAUUGUGGACACAGACAUGGAGAAAGGUAGCAGUGAUGAUUAUGACUACAGUGAUAGUUUCAUAAACGACGACGAUCCCCCUGGCCGUGGUUCACACAUGUCUAGUACUGAUGAUGAUGAAAUAUCUAUUAAGGAGAUGGCAGCUAAAACGAAAGACAAGAAAGAUAAUGGUAAACAUGGAAGACUAAGGAAGAAGUUUCAGGUCUCUGAUUCAGAUUCUGAUGAAACAUCUGCUAGAGCUGAUGAUUCGAGCAAUGAAGAUUCUAUAGGUAAUGAGCACAAGAUCUCGAAGGUCCUUUCUUCAGAGAGUCCUCUGCCUUCAAGGGUUACAAGGUCAAAGGCAAAAAGUUCGACUUUGGUAAAUGGUGAGCCAAAUGCCAAGUGUAAGAAGACAUCAGAAGAGAGAACUCAUACUAACAAGAAUUUAGAUGAAAGGGUGGAUGAUAAACCAUUGAGUGAUGUUAAAUUCUCUCCCGUUCAGAAAGGGUGUGAUAUUCUUUCGAAGAAAAAAAGAAAAAAGGAAAGGUCUAAGAGCUCAGCUAUAAUUAACUUAGAUGACGGAGAGGGGGAAAAUAUACCUGAAAGUCUUCAGAAUGAGAAGCCAGAUACUGAAAAGGGGAUCAAAUCAUCAAGUAAUGUAUCACCCUCUCCGAAUGGUGAUGCAACUCUGUCAAAGAAAAAGAGGAAAAGGGAUAGGAGAGAGGAAACUACAGAUGUCCAGGAAAAUCCAUUUGAAUGUUUAGGAAAAAAGAAACAAGCUAUUGACAAGAAUAUCGAGAAAGAAGCUGGUAUUAAGGAACCACUAGAAAUGGGGACUUCAUCAAAUGGAGUGAUCAUUGAAGAGAUUGAAAAAGGAAAGUUAGAUGGAAAAUCAGCUGUUAAAGGGAAAAAGGUGAGUAUACUCUAUACUGGGACUUUGAAAGACACCGGGAAAGUAUUUGAUUCAAACUUGGGAGAAGCUCCACUAAGAUUCCGCUUAGGUGGAGAAAAGGUCAUAGAAGGUCUCAGUAUUGGUGUUGAAGGUAUGCGAUUUGGUGAUAAAAGAAGACUCAUAAUUCCGCCAUCCCUCGGAUAUGGUAAAGACAGUCACUCAGAAGAGGGUUUUAAGGAACAGGUGCCUAAGAAUGCUUGGCUUGUCUAUGAGGUGGAGGCGGUAAAAAUCAGAUGACCUUUUAAUACAGGCGUCUACUUGUCUUAUGGGAAAAUUCAUUUGCUCUUCCUCCUGCUUCCUGUUUGUAUUCUUUUUCUGGAGCUUGCUUGAAUCUUACAAAACUCACAAUUUUUCUGGUUGUUCAUUUAAAGUUAUUAUCAAAUGAGUAUUGUUUCAAGUA